UUCCUUGUACAAAAUGAAGAAAGAGAGUGCAGGACCACUGUCCAUGACAUCUGUUGCACUAUGCUGGACAUUUUGGCGCAAAAACUGAAUUUUCCUUUUUGUAACUGUGACUAGAAAGUUGUACUCUAUGAUAAACCCUCCGAAACCACUCUUCCCUUCAAUUGGCCAUGUGAGAACUGUAAGUUAAGGGUCUAUUGUUGUCUGAACUGACGCCACGCAGAAUCUGCAAGAUCCAGGCCGUCUAUUUUUUUGCUCUCGUGAAUGACAGGAAGCGUGUUUGGUUGCAAUUCGGGUCGUCAAGUUAACAUUGUUUUUUCUCUGCUGCACCGAGUCUCCGUCCACCAAGCCUACCUCUAUUCGGGGCGUGUCAUCUUGGCAGGCCGGCCAUGAUUCACUGAUUUUCAGUGCGUGUCAGGCAUUUUGCCUGUUCUGCUCUGGUGAGUCCCGUUGAGUAGGCACGCAGAAUUUAGGUGCCAAGUGACCUGGUUUCGUAUUGUUUGCUCUCCUUAUCCUGUGUGUAUAUAACAUUCCUUUUCCUUUUGUUAUCACCGGAGUGUUACCAUCUCUGGUGUGCUCAGGCUAGCAGUGUGUAGCCUGUGUAUUUGUAUAGCAUUACUUGCGAAAGUGUCGCCAUUACUAUUCCUAAUUAGCAUUUGGUAGUAGUCGUUUCACUAGGCUAGCAGUUGUAGCCCAUAUUUACCUGUUACUUUUAGUGUUGGAUUUUGGCUUUUUUUGUUUUGUCUGUCAGCAGUUGUGACAGACGCCCUUUAUUUAUCCAAGGAAUUCCUUUUGUUCUUCUUCGUUGAUUUCAACGACAGUAUAUCAUUAUGGUUGAUGUUUCCCAUAAAGAUUAGGUUAUUGAGGUACAGUUUCUGGAGCCAACAACCCCCAGAUCUUUGUUUCAGAAGCUCUCUGGAGUUGGCAUUAAGGCUGCAGACCACCUGGCAGCCGUCCAACCAUUGCCUGGUAACAAAUUUGAUAUUGUAUUUAAGUCGGUGGCCCUGUGCAGACAGUUGCACCCUCAAGUGAGCAGUAUAGAUGGGUGCAUGGUCACCCGAUUUAACGAUAUUGUCAUUAUCACGAUACAUUAUAUUAGCAUGUGUAUUCAUGACAGCAUUGUUCGCAGUAUUUUGAGUGAGUUUGGAGAGGUGAUUGCCGGUCGAUUUACGACUUACGGGGACAACCCCACAGUGUUCAACGGUACAAGGCAGUAUAAAAUGAAAUUGACCAAGCCUAUUCCCACGGUUCUUCGUAUCGGGGACCGAAAUGCAUGGGUCUCGUAUCCAGGUCAAAUUCGCACGUGUGCCCGUUGUGGAGAACAGGGACACUAUGCCAGAGACUGUACUAAUACUAAAUGUUUUAAAUGUCUUCAGAUUGGCCACGUUGCGGGUGAUUGCCCUAAUCAAGUCAUUUGCACAAUUUGCAGGAUGGAGGGCCAUAGCUUCCGCUAUUGCCCUAAAUCUUUUGCUAAGGCAGUACAACCAGACAGAGCUUGGAGUUCGGUUUCGAGCAACCCCUCCACUUCAUCAGGUGAUCAGGUAGCCAUUGCUCCUGAUGCCAGCUCGAAAGAGAAAGGGUUAAAGGAAUUGCCAGCUGGGAAGUGUCUCAAAUGUAAACAGAGUGCUGGUCCUUUUCAUCCUAGUAUCUGUUGUUUUUCUUGUAAACUUCCUCUUUCCUUUUCCAAGCCUUUUUCCAUUCUAGAGUGUGCAGCAUGCAAGGGUGUUAACGGUCAGCCAUCGCUGGUGUGCCAUCGGGAUAGUUGCAAGUCUGUUCAGGCACCUGAAUCUAAUGACGGUUUUCGGGUGGUGAGGAGAAGAAAGAGAGCUGCAAAAAGAUCUAGUUCUCCCCCCGUCCAGCCAUCUACUAAGAAGGCAACGCCGAUGCCCUCGUCGACUGGAGGCGGUGGAGAGACAGCUCCCACUGCAGCGGAUAUUUUUGGUUCCGAUUUAGAUAGUGUCUCCUCUAUGGAUUCUUGUCCCGCGAGAGACCCGAAAGGUGUCCGGCAGGGAUGUCCAUUGUCGCCUCUCCUUUAUGUCGUUUUCAUUGAGCCCUUUGCGGCGGCUGUUCGCAAUGAUGAAGACAUUCAAGGAAUCUUCAUCCCCGGUAAAACAGAACUGGUUCGCCGAGCCACUGUCUGCCAGCCAACAGAACGGGGUGGCCUUGGUGUCACGAGCGUGAGGUUGAAAUCGGACGCCAUUUUUGUCAAAGGUCUGUGUUCUUUUUUUCGUGAUGACACCCCACCUUGGGUUUUUUUCGCCGCUUUCUGGUGUUCUCUUUCCCUCCGUGACAUUCUUCCACCUGUGUUUUCUUCACAUCUUCGUCCUCAUUCCUUUUCUGUUCCACCUUUCUAUUCUACCUUGUGUUCUGUAAUUUGUUCUUUGCCUAAUUUCCGUUCAAUCAACUGGAACAGCGCUACGGUACACAAAUGUGUAUAAUCUUCUCGUUAAUCAAACUAGAGCUAUUCUGCCUCGCUCACAUGUUUUCUUUUCUUUCCUGCAGUUUUCAUUUUUAGUGAAUAACCACCUCGACCACUCCCUGCGAGAUUUUAAUUGGCGAAUUCCAUGGAAGGCUGUCAAAACAGCUCAGCGACUGUCUUCGUGGGGCAUCGGCCGCGGCAAAUGUCCAAGACUCAAUUGCAGCUGCAAUGAAUCACUUCUUCACUUGCUGUGGACCUGUUCUUUUGUUUCUUUGUUGUGGGACUGGGCUUCCUAUGUAGGAGUUCGUGUUUCCGGUCCCAGUUUUACUAUUUCCCCUUCACUCAUUUUCAUUGCGGAUGGUCUUAACCCUAUGGAUAUCAACGACAGGUUUAUUUGGUUUGUUAUUUCGACAUUAAAAUGGCAAAUUGGAAAUUUCGUUGUCGAGCUAUGUACGACGGUACUCAUGUUGACCCGGUUUCCGUUCUACGUAUUUCGAAGCGUUUUUUAAAACAGCGUGUUGAGGCUGAUUUUUGCAGACUAGAUAGAGAUCUUUUUUUAAGACGAUGGAGUAAGUCGGGCAAUAUCAUUUCUGUCCGCAACAACCGGAUUUAGUGAACUUGUAGUGGACUUCUAUUUUGCCCCUUUUGCCCCUUUGUCUUAGUAUUUGGUGCUAAGUCUGUCAGGGUAAAAAUUGUUCGCUUUUUUUCCCUAGGGUUAAGGAUUUAGGGGCCUGUCCUCUGGAAAGGUCGAAACAUCACCGAUGCCGUAGGGUCCUUUAGGGAAUCCCUGCAGCGGGACAGGCCAAACCCCAUACUGCGGUUUGGAGGACAGACUUAGUGCUUUUCUUUAUUAAUUCUUUUGCUCUGAGUUUUUGUGACUUGCUGUUCUCUGUAGAUGAAAAAAGCAAUUAUUUAUGACGUUAUCACUAAAUGAGCUCAAUAUUUGCCUAAAGCACUUCCUCUCCGAGAUAUAAGUUCUUGAGUUUUUGUGACUUGCUGUUCUCUGUAGAUUUUCAUCUAGGAGGCUUUGCUGUCUUUUAAUUCAAUUUUCUGGAGGCUCUUGUUGCUGUUUGUGGGAUUUUAGAUAGUUCUUUGUCGUUUUGUGACUGGUUUUAGUGUAGGUUCCAAAGUCAGGCAGGGGGAGUCCUACUCCCACGAAAACUGUGGUCUGCCGUGGCCAGCCUGCCUGGGGACUUCUUGUCCCAAAAUAAAAAAACGGUCGGAUG